AACACAACAAUGCUGUCAAGCCGCUUAGGAGUGCCACUAAAACCAGCUUUGACAACAUUUUGAGCUGAUGUGAUGAAGGUGUGUGCGGAGAGGCGUGUUUGUGUGUGUGUCCCUCUGCACCGCCUUGAAACCGGUCAGACAGAGUUUCGAGUCACCUGAGAGAACGAAAAAGAGAAGUAGCUGGAUUUACAACUGUUUAGGUGAAGAAGUUAACGAGCUCAAAGUCCUCGUGCUAGCCGUUUCAUGUCAAUCAUUCGCUUCGAGCUCGUUUGUAUUUCUCCUAGCUUGUUUUUCGUUUUGUAUGAACUUUCCACUCAUUUCGGCGUUGCUGACCAGCCAGACAACGGAGACCCUCGCGUGCGUACGUCCGUCUGGUGUUCGGCUUUGGAGGUGGGAGACAUUGGACCUUAGCUGCCACUUGGAAUAACACAGGCGGUCAUCGAACUAUACUCCAGCCUCAGGGAACGGCAGCAUGCCUGUGCGACAGAAAGAUGCUCAACGAGCCCUACAGCUCCUUCAGCAGUACCGGACCAAAUUAGAUCAAAAGCAGCAGAGCCAGAUAAAACAGGGUCCUGUUGAGGAAGAUCAUCAACUGCAACAGUCGCUGGACAGAGUCAUCAAUGUGUUCCAAAGCCAACUCUUUAGUGCCCUGCUUGACAUUCAAGAGUACUAUGAGUUAACUAUCCUUGCUGAUAGCCAAAGUUCAACCAAACUCUUAGACGAUACAGUGACACCUCCCUCUGACAGCUUCUUAGCAGAAUUUACGGCCGCAUCGGAGCCCACUUUUAGUCAAACCCCCACUCCAGUUUCUGUUGAACCUUGCCAGCCUAAAUACAUAUCUGCAAAAACAAAGUCCCAAGCACCUCUAAUUCCAUUUGCGACACCCACAAAGCAACCUGCUUCCCUUCCAACAGAGCCUUGUGGUUCUCAGUCACAACAACCCAAGGUCAAGUACCGUGCCCCGCCCCCUCCAAUACAGGAUAUGGCCUUGACAUCUACUGUAGAGGAGAUUCCAAAGCCCUCGUCCCCCUCUGCAACCACAACUGCAGUAACAUCUACUGUGACAUCCUGCACAGAGUCUCUGUCAAUAAACCAAAAUCCGAUACCACAAAAUGGUACAAAUGCACCUCUUGAUGCCACCAACGUCAUUUUAUGUUCAGAAUUCUCAAGCACUGUUUCUGAACAGCAAACAAGUACUGCCAGUCCAACUGAUCUAGUGACUGUUUCAAACCUCGUCUUAGGCACCAUCCAAGGCUUAGUGUCUCACUUUACACCUGACAAACUCACCCGACCUAGCACCAGUAAUCACACCAGCCCAGCUCGCAACAUGGUCUCAGAUGAUACAGUCUUCACUUUGACUUUGAAUGAAGGUAAAGGCAUUGGCAAAAACACUCCAAAAUCAAGUCAGACGAGUCCCAGCCAAGUAAAAGUUAGUAGUCAUAUUCCGACCAGUCCUGCAGAGCCACAAAGCAAAGGACCUCAUGAGAGCCCGGGGCCACUGAAAAUCACAUCGUCUCCCUCUAGCCCUGGUGUAGCCAGUCCGACUGCUCCAAGCCUAGAAGUCAAGAAGUAUCGAUACCCAGAAGAGGAAGGGGCAUCGCUAGGCCUGCCAAAAUUCCACCAACAGACCUGCCAUCAGCACCCAAUGGGAGUUAACAAAGCGAUGACUGAUGUAAGGACUCUCAGGAGGGACGGGAAGGAUCAUGGGACCUGGAAAAGAGAGAGACGGGGUAGUGGAAAUAUGGAGAGAGACAUGGGACGAGACAUUGAAAGCUCACUAAUGAGAGGAGGAUCUCUUAGUCGCCACAGUGGUCUCCGAGGGGCAGAUCUGGUUCAGGUGGCAGAGCGACAGCUCUCUCAGAUUCAGCAUGUCCAUGGAUACGUCACUCAUGCACACAUUACACCCGCUCAGGAAGAAUCUCCAGAGGCUCCAUUUGAUGGCGAGCCAUGGCCUUACCCAGAGAUGGAGAGUAUGAAUGAAGUCAUAGUCCCACCAUUCUCUUACCUGUAUUCUAAAACCCAUGCCUGCAACCAGGCCAACCCCCCUCCACUGGUGGUCAACACAGACAGUGUCAACACCCCCCCAUAUGUCAAUGGAACAGAAGCAGACUAUGAAUAUGAGGAAAUCACAUUGGAGCGGGGUAACUCAGGUUUGGGCUUCAGUAUUGCAGGAGGGACUGAUAAUCCCCAUAUUGGUGAAGAUCCGUCCAUCUUCAUUACCAAGAUUAUUCCUGGAGGGGCUGCAGCUCAGAAUGGUCGACUCAAGGUGAAUGACUCUAUUGUUCGAGUAAAUGAGGCUGAUGUCAGGGAGGUGACCCACAGUGGGGCGGUGGAGGCCCUGAAGGAUGCUGGAGGUCUGGUCAGACUGUGUGUACGACGCAAGAAGAAUCUUACUGAUAAGAUCAUGGAUAUCAAACUUGUGAAAGGUCCUAAAGGUCUAGGAUUUAGUAUAGCUGGUGGAGUUGGAAAUCAACAUGUUCCAGGUGACAACAGCAUAUAUGUGACAAAGAUCAUUGACGGGGGAGCUGCACAAAAAGAUGGACGGCUGCAGAUAGGGGACAAACUCGUAGCUGUAAAUGCAUCUUGUUUAGAAGAGGUUACUCAUGAGGAAGCAGUCGCAGCCCUGAAGUCAACUGCAGAUGUUGUUUAUCUACGUGUGGCCAAACAUACUUCUAUCUUUAUCAAUGAAACGUUUCCUCCUCCUGAUGUCACAAAUUCCUACCCCACACAUCAGGACAAUCACAUAAGUCCCUAUAUGAGCGGGAGCCAGUCUGUUAGUCCUGCCCCACUGACCACGCCCAGAUACUCACCAAUGCCCAGGUCUAUGACUGCAGAUGAUGACUUCACAAGGGAGCCGAGGCGUGUGAUGCUCCAACGAGGGUCUACGGGUCUUGGUUUCAACAUUGUUGGAGGGGAAGAUGGAGAGGGAAUCUUCAUCUCCUUCAUUCUGGCCGGUGGUCCAGCUGAUCUUUGUGGGGAACUCCACAAGGGUGACCGGAUCCUUUCAGUAAAUGGUGUAGACUUGUCAACUGCAACACAUGAGCAGGCAGCUGCGGCUCUGAAGAACGCAGGACAAACUGUCACCAUUGCAGCACAGUACAGACCAGAAGAAUACAGUCGUUUCGAGGCAAAGAUCCAUGACCUGAGGGAACAGAUGAUGACCAGCAGUGUCAGUUCCAGCUCAACGUCACUCCGAUCCACUCAAAAACGCACACUUUACGUCAGAGCACUGUUUGACUAUGAUGGAAGUGGAUCAGAGUGCAUCCCAAAUCAGCCUCUAACCUUCCAUUUUGGAGACAUCCUACAUGUAAGCAGUGCAGGGGAAGAAGAGUGGUGGCCUGCGCGUCACCUCAGCCCCCCACCCCCAAACUGCCCAGAGGUUGGAGUCAUUCCCAGCCGUAAAAGGGCAGAGAAAAACGAGAGAUCAAGGUUAAAGACAGUCUAUUUGACGAAGACUCAGGAUAGAUCAGGUCAAGAUGAAAGGGCUGGCCACGAGGAGACCCUCCUAACCUAUCAAGCAGUUAUACAGCAGGAAGUGAAUUACACAAGACCUGUUAUCAUGCUUGGACCAAUGAAAGAUAGAGUCAACGAUGACCUCAUCUCUGAAUUUCCCGACAAAUUUGGCUCCUGUGUCCCACAUACAACUCGGCCACGGCGUGACUAUGAGGUGGAUGGUAGAGACUAUCACUUUAUGGCCUCAAGAGAGCUAAUGGAACGUGAGAUCCAGGAGCACAAGUUCAUCGAGGCAGGACAGUAUAACAACCACCUGUAUGGAACCAGCGUACAGUCCGUGAGAGAAGUUGCUGAAAAGGGUAAACACUGUAUACUGGAUGUAUCAGGGAACGCUAUAAAGCGUCUGCAGCUCGCAGGCCUCUAUCCCAUCGCCAUCUUCAUUAGACCACGGAAUGUUGAGAACAUCCUAGAAAUGAAUAAGCGUUUUACUGAGGAGCAGGGAAGGAGAUCCUAUGACAGAGCUGUCAAACUCGAGCAAGAGUUCACAGAAUAUUUCACUGCUUUUGUCCACGGCUCAUCUCUCGAGGAGGUGUAUUCGCAGGUGAAGCAGAUAAUCGAGGAGCAAUCAGGUCCUUACAUCUGGGUGGCCACAAAGGAGCGGCUCUGAGUAGACGCCUCUCAUAGCUACUCCACGUUUGUACACACCAACUUUGGCAACACAUCCCUGCUUUUUUCCUCUCUCCGACGCGCACACCUCCAUGUUCUCUCUCUCACACGCACAAACGCAACGCCGGACAGGGCUGAGACUGAUCUGGAGAUGAGAAACGGCCACACUUCUCGAGGGGGGGAGGAGCAGCUUGUCUUUCCAGCAGCCCAUUGGUGGAUCUUCCUGCAGCUGAGUUCCUUAAUGUUUAAGGACGUGGUUCUAAUCAAGAAAACCAGUACCAUUAUCUAAUUGGUUGAUUUCGUUGUUGUUCUCACGCUUGUUGUUGAUGUUGUUUUCAUAUUAACAAAGUCUAAUUAAUGCA